CGAGCAUUCAUUCAUCAUCAUGCCUUUAUUCUGUUACAAAGUAGUAGUUUUACAAGCUAAAGCAACUGAGUAACCUUUCCUAACAACUAUCUGUGGCUGUCAAUUCAGCUUUAACUACUUAACAGAAUGCAAUAACAAAACAGAUUCAGCUUCUACUGUCUUUGUUCUUCCGGCUUUCUUUCUUCUUUCUUCCGCCCUUCAUCUUCGCUUCGUAUAUUCACAUGCCUUCCCCUUCAGCUUCCGUGUCCUCAAGGAAGCAAUUUUAAUGGGAGAGCAAGUUUGUCAUCCAUACUUCCGUAAGCUUCCUUCACCUUCGCUACGAGCUUAUGAAACCAAACCAGCAGCCACUUCAAUGGAUUGAAUGCACAAAUCAACAUAGUGUGCAGACCACCGAACUUGCACCCAAUUUGGCACAGUAGGUCUCCUCCCUAUCAGCUGACCCCACAUCAACAUCAAAAUGCAGAGAAAAACUCCUUGAAUCACCAAACUCCUUUCCAGAAACUGCAAGGUCUUCAUUCACAGACAUGAUCAAGUCUUUCACCAUAACUAAACCAUCAAUCAUAUCUCCACAAAGAAGGUUAGACAAUUCAUGCAGGCGGAUCUCUCCUUCGUGUGAUUGAUUUCGAUUGUAUUACUACUCCAUAUGAUUGCAGUUUGCAGCCAAGAAAUUCAACAUGUUUGCAUAGGUCUUGCUUGAACAAGUCUAUCCAGAUCAUGUGGAAUCAACUUUGACAGAAGAAGAAAAUGAUUUCAAAAUGUCCAAACUGAAUAUUUCAAGUAUUCCAAAUAAAAACAAUCCAUCUUGUGAAGAGACAAUCAUUAAGAUAAUAUUGAACUACAAUCAUUUGGCUCCAACAUCAUAGCCUCACAAGUCACAACUAUAAAAGCAGUGUCAAACUGGACAUGAAUAAAGAAAUAUAUGUAGUUCUGAAUCUCCAACUACAAACAACUAUCCAAGAAUGUAAUAAGACAAGUCAACUAUAAACCUAAUAAAUAACUAAUACAUACCCCACCCUCUGAGAUCAAUUUUGGGCCAUUUCUCCCCUUACCAAUUUUUUUUUGCCAGAGCUGUCUGCUUAGAAAAACCAGCCACUUGUUAUAUUUUAAUAUUUUUUGCUGACAUUGGCCUAUGUUUCCUCUAUAUAAGCACAAGUAAUCUCACUUUUAAGACCAUCCACAACUUCCAAUACUCAUCUCAGCUCAACCCGACUCGACUCAUAUCUUUCUUCACGGUCUAAUUAAUGGCGACCAAAGCCUGCCUCAUCGUUUCACUAUGGAUUUCGUGUUUGCUAGCCACUAGCCAUGCCACCACCUUCUCUUCUCUCCAGAGAACUAUCGUCCUCACGGCUUCACCUCAAGCCGGACAAGUUUUGAAGGCCGGAGAGGAUAACAUAACCCUGACAUGGUCCCUUAACACCACCUUCCCAUCCGGGACUGACUCCACCUACAAAGACGUCACAGUAGAGCUGUGCUACGCUCCAAUCAGCCAGAAGGACCGCGGGUGGAGAAAAACAGUCGACGAGUUGGCUAAGGACAAGACUUGCCAGCACAAUAUUGUCAAAAAGCCAUACACUUCUUCUAACAUCACCUUCACCUGGACAGUGAGGAAGGAUGUUCCUGGUGCCACGUACUUUGUCCGAGCCUACGCCCUCGACUCAGCAGGCAAGAAGGUAGCCUUUGGGCAAACCACCGAUGCUCACAAGACGACCAACUUGUUCGAGGUUGAGGCAGUCACCGGACGCCAUGUGUCACUUGACAUUGCCUCUGUUUGCUUCUCUGCCUUCUCCAUUUUUUCCUUGUUUGGAUUCUUCUUCAUGGACAAGAGGAAGUGAAAGUCAUCAAAAUGAUCAAGCAUGUUUGAGUUGUGAUUCUUGUCUGUUUUAAGAUACACAAGAGAUAGAGUUAUGUAAUAUGCCAUAUUUGGCUAGACAAGAAUCUUAUGAGGCCUAGGAAUAAGGAUAUGGAUAUGAUCAUGUAUGAAUAUGAUGUACCAAGAAAUUAAAUGAAAUACUUUUAAUUUAUCUUUGUUUUA